AUGGCCGACUCCGUCCAGCACUGGCGCGUCUCCUACAACGACAUCCACAACCUCAUCCGCAAAUCAACCCCAACAAUUGCUGCCCAGUUCAACCCGGACCUCUUGAUCGCAAUCGGCGGGGGAGGUUUCUUCCCCGCUCGGGUAAUGCGAACUUUCUUGCGCGAGCAAACCACUAAGAAGGCUCUCCAAAUUCAAGCGAUUGGGCUUUCACUUUAUGAACCCGUCGAGGGAACAUCCGAGGAGACACUUGGAAGCGAGGUCAUCCGGACACAGUGGCUAGGCCCUGAAUCCGGAAAACUUCUCCUCGGGAAACGUAACCUCAUCGUUGACGAGGUCGAUGACACCCGCAAAACCCUUCAUUACGCCCUCUCUGAACUGAAGAAAGACGUCGAGGCUGAGCUUCUUUCUUAUCCCGAGGCAGAACGCGAUGCAUUGCGCUCCGCCACACAAUUCGCUGUUUUCGUGGUUCACAAUAAACUGAAACCAAAGCUCGCCGAACUACCUUCAGGGAUCCUUUACUUUGCAGGAGAGGAAGUUGGAGAUCUCUGGCUCGACUAUCCUUGGGAAGCGACGGAUAUUGAAGCACACGAUCUGCUUGCUUCCCAAGACAGAAAGUGA